ACUGUAAUUUGAAAUCCUGAGCGUCGAUUUCGAGAAAUAGUAGUAAAUACGGAGGGUGGAGAUUAUGAGUGAUUUGGAUAACAGAAUAACAGAGAGGAAGGUAGAGAUGAAUUGAAAAGAAAGCAAUGGCUGUAGUUGUAGUUGGAGUUGGUGUGCAGCAACAGUUUUUGUGUUCCUCUGAAUCAAAGUGGAGCAUUCCAACUACGCCAUGCAAUCCCCUUACCAGCUCCAUCCUCAUACGCCCAUUCAAAAAGAUUCAAUUUUCAGUCAUUUCAUGCUCCUCUUCUUCUUCUUCUUCUUCUUCUUCUUCCGAAGCUGAAACUCAAACUGCUGAAUCUUGCGUCAAUUUGGGUCUUCAGCUCUUCUCCAAAGGAAGGGUUAAGGAUGCUUUAGCCCAGUUUGAAACAGCGCUUACCUUGAAUCCCAAUCCUGUGGAGGCCCAAGCUGCUUUCUACAACAAAGCUUGCUGCCACGCAUACAGAGGGGAAGGAAAGAAAGCUGCCGAUAGUCUCCGUAUUGCUUUGAGGGAAUACAACCUAAAAUUUGGUACAAUUCUCAAUGAUCCAGACUUGGCCUCUUUUAGAGCUUUGCCUGAGUUCAAAGAACUACAAGAAGAGGCCAGGAUAGGUGGGGAAGAUAUUGGCAACAGUUUCCGGAGAGAUCUAAAACUUAUUAGUGAAGUUCAGGCACCAUUUCGUGGGGUUAGGAGGUUUUUUUAUGUGGCAUUCACAGCAGCUGCAGGAAUAUCAUUGUUCUUCACUCUACCCAGGCUAAUCCGUGCAAUUCAAGGUGGUGAUGGUGCUCCUGAUCUACUGGAAACUGCAGGGAAUGCUGCCAUUAACAUUGGAGGCAUUGUUGCUUUUGUGGCAUUAUUUUUUUGGGACAAUAAAAAGGAGGAGGAGCAGAUUGAACAAAUAUCUCGAGAUGAGACACUAUCAAGGCUGCCUUUGCGCUUAACAACUAAUCGUGUAGUUGAACUUGUUCAGCUACGGGACACAGUUAGGCCGGUUAUAUUAGCUGGGAAAAAAGAAACAGUAUCUUUGGCUUUGCAAAGAGCAGAACGAUUUCGCACUGAGCUCGUUAGACGUGGUGUCCUGUUAGUUCCUGUCAUAUGGGGAGAAGGUAGGGAAACCAAAACAAAAACAAAAAUUGAGAAGAAAGGUUUUGGUCGUCCACAAAAGGCUGCUGAAGCUCUUCCGUCCAUUGGGGAAGAUUUUGAUAAGCGAACACAGUCCAUAGCUUCAAAAUCAAAGUUGAAAGCAGAAAUCAGGUUCAAGGCUGAAGUUGUAUCGCAAGCAGAAUGGGAACAGUGGAUAAGAGAUCAGCAGAAAUCUGAAGGAGUUACUGUUGGCGAAGACGUGUACAUAAUAAUGCGCUUAGAUGGGAGGAUUCGAAGAUCGGGGAAAGGAAUGCCUGACUGGCAGCAAAUUGUGAAGGAGCUACCAGAAAUGGAAGCAUUUUUGAGCAAGCUGGAAAGAUGAGAAAUUUUACAUGGCAUACUUUUGUUACAGAAUUUCUAGAGUGCAAGUAUUUAUUUAUGUCUUACAGAAAUAUUUAUGUGUACAUCAUUCCUUCACGAUCAUUACUGACAGUUGCAAAGUGUUACAACUGAGACUUAUUAUGAAUGGAAAAAUAAAAACUGUACCUUGGCAACAAA